ACUGCAGAUACCCGCAUCGAAGCAGAGUCGUUCCCUCUUCCUCACAGAAAGAUUUUCACCGCUGAUGGAAUAAGCCACCGUCUGUUUUUUUGAUUUUGCAGCGGCCAUUUCUCUGCGCUUUUCUCUGUACUUGGUUUAUUGAACCGACGUCUGCUGGGCUAUUUCAAUGACCAUAGUGGCAAGGCACCAUUAACAGCGGGCAGACUGAAUUUUAUUUCUCAAUGGAAGACAUCUUUCCACUUCUCCGAGCACAGGAGCGAAGCCUACACCCGCACGCAUCCCCCCCACCGCGCUCCGUGUGUGCGGAGCUGAAGGAGAGAGACGCCUGUUGUGAAGACAGAGCCGCGUGUCUAUGACGUACCGCGGGACUCUGUAGAAACGUUUGAUUUUUUAUUUUUUACGCACAUGAUGCUGCAGUGACACCGACCACCAGAUUUCACAUUUUCGGGACUUUUUGUGCACCAAGAGGAGGUGGUGGGCUAGAAUGCGGGACCUGCAAUAAAGGAGAGCGCAUUCAUUAGAAGGCAUCUUCUCACCACCUAAGAUCCUGUUGAACAACCUGGUCAAAAACUCCACUGCCGUCUCUCCAAGACACUUCCAUACCUACACAGGUUGAGUUUCCUGCAGGAGAACGUUUGAUUCUAUCUCAUUCCUCUUCGUGAACGCUAGUAAGACAGAGCUCCCUCAAACUUUUCAUUCACCAUUUUGCAAGGCAUAAUGGGAACAGUGCUAUCGCUGUCUCCAAGCUACCGCAAGGCGGCUCUGUUUGAGGAUGGUCCUGCCACUGUUGGUCACUACACAGCUGUUCAAAACAGCAGGAAUGCCAAGGAUGCUGCAGCAUCAGCCAAGUCUCUCAAACGGCCAUCAAUCAUUAAUGCUCUCCCAUGGAAACGAAUUGUGGCAGUAUCUGCAAAAAGGAAGGGUUCAAAGAAACUUCCAGCAGAAGGUGGAGAUGGUGUGAAAGGGAGUUCCCCUGAAAGCCCAGCAGCCACUGCAACCAAUUCUGCCUCAAAUAGCUUAAAGCUGAAGAAGUCUCAGUCCUGCAAUAACCUCUCCUCUUACUCAUCCAGCCAAGACUCCUCUGCAACAACAAUCACUGCUUCGUCCCAGUUACCAAUCUCCAAGACCUUGGCAAGUGUAGCUACAGUUGUUGCAAAAAAAAAUUCUAUCACAGGACCUGGAAUCCAGCCCUCCAUCACUGCUGGCACGCCAAAACGUGUCAUCGUCCAGGCAUCCACCAGUGAACUGAUGCGUAGCCUGGGAGAGUUCCUUUGCCGCCGCUGUUAUCGACUGAAACGGCUCUCCCCUACUGACCCGGUGCUGUGGCUGCGCAGUGUGGAUCGCUCACUUCUCCUGCAGGGCUGGCAGGACCAGGGUUUUAUCACACCAGCCAAUGUGGUCUUCCUCUACAUGCUGUGCCGAGAUGUGGUCUCAGCUGACAUGGUGUCUGAGCGCGAGCUGCAGGCAUCAUUGCUCACCUGCCUCUAUCUAUCGUAUUCCUACAUGGGCAAUGAGAUUUCCUACCCUCUGAAGCCCUUCUUGGUUGAAACAGAGAAGGAGGCCUUCUGGGACCGCUGCCUUGACAUCAUUAACCGUAUGAGUGGCAAGAUGCUUCAAAUUAACACUGACCCACACUUCUUUACACAGGUCUUUGCUGAUUUGAAGAAUGAGAGCAAAAGAGAGGAAGAAAAAACAAAGCUUCUCUUGAGUCUUGACCGAUAAGGGGCAGCUGGAAGAGGGCGAGGAUACUCUACCAUCACAUUUAAGUAGAACCUUUGUCUGAUCUCUCUACUGUUUUAUUACCAAACAAAUUCUGUUUGUAGCAUACAAGGAAGACGUAUGCCAAAAAGCAGUAUAGAAAUCCCUGACAUUGCGGAAUUGAGGCCCCAAAAUGUAAUGAGGUAUACAUUUUUUAAAGAGCCAUGCUCGCUGUUAUUGAGUGCAGGCUUGUUUUCUGCUGGGGUUUUUCCUGCACCUUCAGGUGUGUUCAGUGGCAUCAUUUUACAACCUUACAGGCUCUUAAUUUAGAAGUUCAAAUGAAGGAAAUGCAUAAAAAAACAUAAAAAUAACUGUCACUGAAAAUACAAGGUAAUGAUAGUGUGGAUUGAGCAGAAUAAAUAAUUGAUCUUCAGGCCUCUGACAAUGCUUCUACUGAGGAGUAUCAAUCCUCAACACUGAUUUAUAGACACCCGAGGUCACUUACUUGUCCACACUUUUGUUCUACAUCUUUACAAUUUGCUUACAGGUAGGCAGGACUUCUUAUGAAAUUGUCUCAAGAAACACUAAUUCCAGAUUUUUCUGAAGGACUUUCAAAGUUAUUUUAGUUUUGCAUCAGUUGCAUUUUUCAUUCAUCUUCAGUCCAGUUCAGGUUCAUCACCAUUUUUCAUAUAUUUUUCUUUCAUGUCACUAAAUCUAUUUUCAAUCUUGAAAACGCAAAGGAUGGCUUUCAAUUUAAGUCAUGAUUCUGUGUUUUCCAUACUCACUUUUUGUUCCACUUGUUAGGCUGCGGUCAUUGCUUAGGGGCUUUGCAUGCCCAGAUCCCAAAAGUCUUUUGGUUUCAGCACAUACAGCACAUUUAGAGCUGCAGAACUGGACUUUUUAUAUGGAUGCAACAUAAGUAACUACUUUGCCACAGAUAAUUAUUAAGUUUGUUCUUGUAAUGAUCUGCCAUGUAACAGCACAGAAUUUGCCUUCAAAUUAUAACUGUAUGUUUCAGUUUGGAUGUUAAAAAAAUGUUUUAUUUUAAUGAAGCAGGUGCAAUUACUGGAUGAAAAUAUCUGUCUGUACAAACACACGCACUUGCAUGAGACCAUCUCUUAUGUCUUUGCAUUGAUCUUUUUAACCAAUUUGGUUCCAUAAUGCCUGAGGUUAGCAUCAAGUACCUGUACUAGCAGUAGCAAAGGUCAGCUGUGCAGAAAACUCCUCUAUCAGAGCGGAUGAUCCAAACUGUUUAUUAUCUAAAGUACUGUACUUCUUAAAGGAAACAUGUUUUUCAUGUUGAACCCAUGGAGACCAGGUAGAUGAAAAGGCCAAUAUGAAGGUGACGUGAAACUAGUCAGUCCCCAUCUGCACUCACAUCUUGCGUUGAUGCUGACCAAUGGAAAUUUUAAUCAAGAAAGGAAGAAAUACAGAAAGAAAAAGUGAAUAAAUAAGACUGUUUAGCGAUGUGAUGAUCAUAUGAAUCUUUUGCAGAUGUGAAGCUGGGGAAAUGCAGCCCCUCAACACUUCGUAAAGCUUCCUCCAGAAACCCCAAAGACCUUGUGUCCAUGGAAGUCAUUUGCAGUCUCACCCUCUUUUUCUGCUUUUUACAGCAAUAUGGAAAAAGGAAAAAAUGUCUGGCUUCUCAGUCUACUCUGACUCCUCUCCUGUGACCCAGAAUAGACCAGCUGAGCCAUAAUUUGAGAACUUGGGCCCAGGAACCUGAUGGCUCAUGCACUCUGAGUUGUUAAAGAUGCAUGUAUGCUUUUGUUGGUUUCUUGGCAUGCAGUUUUGUGUUGGGUGUACCACACCUCAUGUUGUCGCAGUGUUCAAUGUUGGACUGCUGGAAGGGGUCAACACUGAGUUACCUGACAUCGAUGACCUAAAGAAUAUUGCAAUUGUUAGCUAUGACAAGGGUUUCUUUGGUACAAAAUAAGAAAGAAGAAUCCAAAACAAAUUGGACAUUGUUCGAAUGUCUCUGCACCAAAAUGACAGGAAAAAAAAAAUCCUCCACCUCUGUGCAGAGUUUUACACUCUGGUGGUGUCAAAUGACUCAGUCUAGCCACAGACAGCACACAUUUUUGAAUUUGGGGAAAUUUUGUGCCAUAUAUGUCUGGUGAUGAAAAAAUGUAUACAAAACUGAACAAAAAACAAAGAAACACAUAUGGGGUAGCUCACCAGAAACUCAAAGAGGAAACUUAAAAUAGACUUAAAAUUAUUUUGCUUUUUUAUUUCUGAAAAAACAUUUUUACAAAUGACAGGAUGUGAUGGAUACAUUCCAGACAGGGUGAUAUAGUGGAAUAAGAAACUGUCAUGAAUGGUGGUGAAGGACCCAAACGCAGGAGACAAGACUCGUUGGCGGAAAUGUAAACAUUUACUGAACAAACUCAAACAUGACAAACCCACAGGAGAACAAACCAGUGACUAAACAAAACAGAUGACCUGACAAUGCAGAACUGAAGACCAGACACUUAAAUAGGCUGAGGGUAAUUAACUAAAUGAAGACAGCUGUGGAUGAUUUGACCUGGACACGGUGAGACUGACAGAGAAUACAGAACAUGACUAAACCUAAGCACAGAAUCAUGACAGAAACUGCUACUUGUGUGUUUUGAUCCAGAUUUAAGGUGUAUUUACGCCGAAUGCAGCUUGCGCGAAAAAUUUGCGUGGCCCGCCCCUUUUUUCACCGCAAGGCCAAUUUUCUGCUUGCCACCUGCCUGAGCUUGAGCCGCGGCUGGAUGUGGGAGGAGCUACCGUCUAUUGUUUUCAGGAUGAUCGCUAUAAGGAACGGUGGAUUUCUCUCCUAGAAUGUACGGAAGACACAGAUGAUGUUGAGAGAUUGGGUUUAUUUACUGUGAGGAGUUCUACAAAAACAUUAAUAAUCAUGUCUCCAUGUUUGGGUCUAUGUGAUCAUUAAAAAAUGUUCCUGCUACCAGGGCUUCAAUCUCACUCUGGGGGCUGUGUCUGUAUGACAGCCGCUUCUGUGGUGUUUCUGUGUCUCUGCGGCUGAGCUUGUAGGCUCAUUGUCUAGUAUUAACCCGAGGGGGAAAAGAUAAAUUAGGGGACCUUUUUCCUUUUUUUAAAUGUCUCAAGUGAGAAAAAGUGAAAGCUGGCGAUCUGUCCAGAGUGUAUCCUGCCUUCGACCCAAAGUAGACAGAAAAGUUCUGCAACCCCGCAGCUCCAGCGGAUCAAGGAUAUGAUGGAAUUUCAAGACAAAAACACUCGCCUUGGAUUAUUAUUCUAACUGCUGAUAAAGUAACUGAAAACGUCAAAUGGUCAAAACUGGGUUCCUGAUUGGCAAAUGCAACGCGGCACCCUGUCAAAUUUCAGAUAUUUAAAUUUUUUCUCCGAGGCCCGAUUCAUGCCUAGCUCCUAAAAUCGAGCUGCUGGCAGACCUUCUUGCAGUGCCCGUCACUGAAAUCACACCACAGGACUUCAGGUCGCCUCAAUUUGCGUCUGUACUAUUGGCUCAGCAUGAAAGCUGGCUGCCUCUGCCGCACAAGUCGCGUUUGGUGUGUACCCACCUUUAGACUCAUGCCACAAAUGCACAGAGAAAAACACGUGACUAAAUGGCAGGUUAAGAAAGGUAGCAUUGCUCUUAGCAGAAUUCUAUAAAUAAUUCUUGACCAUUAUUUGGCUUUUGUCCAAUUAAUCUAGAGCAGGGAUCUCAACACUACAGCUCGCGUAGUUCGCGUUUUUCAAUCUGCCGAUUUAAUUGAGACACACACAGAACUCUUCUACAAUUUGUGCCCCUAUCUGAACCCCCCAAAUCCCUAGAACAUAAUCCAGUCUUCUCUUUCCUCAUUGCAGUUCACCUGGUCUCAGUACGAUCAUGCUGCUGCUUUUCUUUUUAAACAGCACAGCCUGUUCUACGUUCUGAUUGGCUGGAGAUCUUGUCAAUCAAUCUCCAUGUCAACUGUCCAGAAAUGCGAAGAUCUGCAGACCCACAGGAAUCUUUGAUCAUGAUCAGAUCUUUGUUUUCAUUCUAUAAUCCUGGAUUUGAAUGUCCGUGUCUGUCUGAGAUAAGUGUCAAAUGUGUAAUGAGGAGCUUAACAUUUGUAAUCCUAAUUCGCAGAUUUCACCUUCAAAAGUUAUUUUUAGAAAAUAUCUUCCCCUAUAAACAAGGGAAAAAAAGUUUCACUUUCUGUUUGUGCUGCUGCUCAUUUCUUCUCAAUCCACUCUUGAUUUUUUUUCUUUAAGUCAAACAUGCCAGAGGAAUACGUUUUUGCGCAGAGAGAUCAUAAAAGUGCAGAGCAGUCCGCUGAGCUCACACGUGACGGUGUAUGUGCAAUGCUCAUUGCCAUUUGCGGACAUGAGGGAGAGACAGAGUGGGCCGGGUGCAACGACAUCAACACAAAGACGUAAAAAAUGACUGACUCUAAAAAAAAUAGGGUUGUGGCUGCAUUGUUUUAUGUUGCGGAAAAUAAAAGCUUCAACAUGUUUUAAACUUAUAAGUAUGAAAACAUUUUUUUUACAUUAGUUAUUCAUUUUGCACAUAUGUUUAUGUAGUUGUUUAUAAGUUAAAUAAAGCAACAAAAUUACCUAAAGAGCCUCUUGGGAGCUGAAAGAUCCAGAUGACUAAGAAGAGCCCUGUGUGAGGAGCUGGAGCUCUCCAACAUCUCAAUAGAACCAUGACGGUCCAGGAUUUGGACUGGUUUGGAAUUAUUUUCUCUGUGAAUAUUAAAGAAAAUAAUCCUUACACAAA